ACCCUAGUCCCUCCACAACCCAUCCUAGAGAAGCAGAGACACCCCAGAAGCGAUUCAAUGGGUGCUUACACUUAUGUGUCGGAGUUAUGGAGGAAGAAGCAGUCUGAUGUGAUGAGGUUCUUGCAAAGGGUGAGGUGCUGGGAGUACCGCCAGCUUCCCUCCAUUGUCCGUGUUACUAGGCCUACUCGUCCCGACAAAGCACGUCGCUUGGGCUACAAAGCCAAGCAGGGCUAUGUGGUCUACCGUGUUCGUGUGAAACGUGGUGGAAGGAAGAGGCCUGUUCCCAAAGGUAUUGUGUAUGGUAAGCCCACCAACCAAGGUGUUACCCAAUUGAAGUUCCAGCGCAGCAAGCGCUCUGUUGCUGAGGAGCGUGCUGGUAGGAAGUUGGGCGGCCUUAAGGUUCUCAAUUCAUACUGGAUUAAUGAGGAUUCUACCUACAAGUACUUUGAGGUGAUCCUGGUUGACCAAGCCCAUGCUGCCAUCCGUAAUGAUCCAAGGAUUAACUGGAUAUGCAACCCAGUGCAUAAGCACAGAGAACUUCGUGGUCUCACUUCAGCUGGUAAGAAAUACAGGGGUCUCCGAGGAAAGGGACACCUGCACCACAAAGCACGUCCUUCAAGAAGAGCAACCUGGAAGAGGAACCAGACUCUCUCUCUCCGCCGCUACCGUUAAUCUGCUUUGUAGUUUUGAGCCAUUGUUGUUCCCCAGUUUUGUCUUUAGUGUUGUAACCCUUUUAGUCUUGCAAGUCCUGCUCACUUUGCAGAGCAACUGAGUUUGUUUUGAGCAAACUUUAAUUCUGGAUAAUCUGAUACAUGAAUACUAUAUCAAGGAAUUAUUUCGGUAUAUGUAGUUGGCAGUAGAAGUUCUUGGGUCUGAUGGGUGAAGUUUGCAAAGGGAAGAAAUCUUAAAUAGUCGUUUGGAUUAUUCUGUUAUCUUCUUCGAGUUUUCUCCAGCCUUUGGCAGUGGAUGGAGUUCCAAUAUAUAAGUAUCUUAUGUCUUUUCUA